AUGUUGAACAUCGAUACAACACGAAGUGUUGAGAUGACACAAACGCAAUAUACGGCCCCGUGCGCUCGCGAGCGCGUGAAUCUUAUAGGCGAAGUAAUCGUUCGAAGGCUUCUUCUUCUUCUUACCGGCUCGCUGCUGCAGGCGCUGGUGCUGGCGUUCGCGGUGUUGGUGCAGGUGGCCAUUGUCGGGCAAUGGUUUUACGGCGAACCACCUGCGGUGAUCCAGGUGCAAGGCGCGGGCCAAAGCUCGCCAGCAUCAUCCACCUCCUGCAAGACUCCGCUCGGACAGAUAGUGGCUUCCCUCGGGUAUCCCGGAGCGCUGCUGGUGGCGGUGGCCUGCCUGGCGGUGCGGGCACGUGGCGUCCGCGACAAUAACCGGGAGGCGGCCUUCAUCGGACUGGCGGUCGGCCUCUCCUUGCCGAUCUGGAUCUCCAGCGGCAUCGGCGCGAUCGCGGCCGGCAGCGAGGGUGAUCGCGAGGCUUGGCUGGCAUACGGCCUCCUGGCCACGUCGCUCUUCGUCUUCCUCACCAUGUUCCUGCCGAAGGGCCGACAACUGGCCGCCCUGGGUCGCGAGGGACCCGCGACGGUGAUCCGCGACCGCGACGACGCCCUCAGCUCGUUGCCCGGCAGCGGCUACUCGCCCUCCUUCUUCCACUUCAAGCCCGCCGAGGCGUCGCUCAAGAGGAAGAUGCAUUACCACAGCGCCGAUCGAGUCGCACUGGUCUCGUCCGGGAUACCCGGAUGCAGCGCCUGCAGGCACGGAGGAAGUCCUAUAUACUCCGACGAUGUGCACGGGCCCAUGGAGACGUUCGUCCUGCCACCCGGCAUGUACUUGAGGCCGGAGGACGCCGGGAACCUCUACACCACCCUGUCGGCCAAUCCUAACGUGUUCUUCCAGAGAGCGGCCCAUCCCGGGAUGAUGUACUGAUAAGGUGUCCCCCC